CCGUACUCAACUACCUUCUCCACGCUUCUGUGCCCAUCCCGUCUGUCCCCAUGGCUGACCGUGUCUCUGAUCCCCCGUCUUCCCCGGGGGUCUCGAACGGCCCAGUUGCGCCGCAUACAACGUCCGUUCCUGCUCCUACUCCUGCUCCUGUUCCCGAUGAUGUGAAGGCUCGACUGGAUAAAGUUAUCUACUCCGAUAUAGGAAUUACCACGCUCCUGGCCAGGCUGAAACAGAGCGUUGCGUCUGCGAAGGACUUCUCUGCUUUUCUCAAAAAGAGAGCAUCAGUGGAAGAGGAACAUGCGCAGGGGGUGAAGAAACUGUCUCGUGCAGGCAUCGAGAUCGCCGCUCGCCCCGAGAAUCGUCAAGGCACCUACAGUCAAAGCUACAAGGAGAUCAACCGUAUAUAUGAAAGAGCUGCUGAACAUGGCCUCCAAUUCGCCGUCUCCGUGCAACAGAUGGCAGAUGACUUGCACGAGCUGGCGACGAAUAUGGAGCGUAGCCGCAAGCACUGGAAGCAGAUCGGCUUGAAUGCAGAAAAGAAGGUCGCCGAUGCCGAGUCUCUUGCGGAGAAGGCGAAGGCUAAAUACGAAUCACUGGCCGAGCAGUAUGAGAGAGUCAAGACUGGAGACAAGCAAGGCGGGAAAUUCGGGUUGAAAGGUCACAAGUCAGCCGCUCAGCUUGAAGAAGAACUGCAUCGCAAAGUCCAACAGGCGGAUAGCGACUAUGCCUCCAAGGUUCAGUCUGCACAGGCAGCACGACAAGAGUUGAUCUCAACCCACCGCCCGCAGACCGUGCGCAACCUCCAGCAGCUGAUCACCGAGUGCGACUCCGGCCUCACAUUGCAAGUGCAGAAAUUCGCUACUUUCAAUGAGAAAUUGCUUGUAGGCCAGGCCCUAAGCAUUAGCCCACUGAAGGCAGGUCAGACAGGCGGUCCUAGGACCCUCCAGGAUAUUGUCCAGCAGAUUGAUAAUCAGAAGGAUUUCAACGACUACAUCCUAGCCAAGGAAAAGGAUCCCGGUGCAGUCUCCAGGCAACAAGUCCAGUAUGACCGUCAUCCGAGCUUGGCACCCUCACCAGCGCCUGCUCCUCCACCCAGUGCUCAAAAUAAACGGCAAUCUAUAUUACAGCCGCUCAAGACCAUCUCUCAACAGUCACCACCUCCCUCUCAGGCGUCUUCUGAACCACCACAGCUACCUAGCAUUAGUCCAAUACAGCCGUCACCAAAUACGCCACAAGUCGAGCCAUCGUCUCCUAAGCCAAAGCUGCAGAUAGUUAACCCUUCCCACCCUGAGGAACCAGGCUACGAACAACCAACCCAGACCCCCGCUCCAAUACGAGACCCAUCUCCACUCCCACUUCCUCGAAAUGGGAUCAAGAACGACCUGCCACCAGUGCGACCGGUCUUUGGGGUAUCACUAAACGAAUUGUAUGCCAGGGAUGGGACUGCAGUGCCACUGAUCGUGUACCAGUGCUUCCAGGCCACGGAGCUCUUCGGCCUCGAGAUUGAAGGGAUUUACCGGCUUUCUGGUAGCGCUAAUCACAUCAGCCACAUGAAAGCGCUUUUUGAUAAUGAUGCGUCGCAAGUGGAUUUUACUAAUCCGGAGAACUUUUACCAUGACAUCAAUAGCGUUGCCGGGUUAUUAAAACAAUUUUUUAGAGAAUUGCCCGAUCCACUUUUCACAUCGGAUAGCUAUGCGGACUUCAUCGACGCAGCUCGCAUUGAAGACGAUAUUCAACGCCGGGAUUCGUUACACGCGCUAAUUAAUAAUCUGCCAGAUGCCCACUAUGCUACGUUAAGGGCCCUGAUAUUGCAUCUAAAUAAAGUUCAAGAACAUUAUUUGCAGAACCGCAUGAAUGCUGGAAACCUAGCAAUUUGCUUUGGGCCUACUCUCAUGAGUGCCAACUCUGGCGGCAACAUCGCCGACGCCGCUUGGCAAGUUCGAGUCAUUGAAACCAUCCUUCUCAAUACAUUCCAAAUAUUCGACGACGAUUAAUUAUUUCUUUGUAAUCAUAAUUCUCCCCCCCAAUGUUGAUGUUACUCUGUUUCAGUUCUAUGUUCAUAAACAUCAUGUAUUCCCUUUCAACUCUAUCAUGACAUCGCAAUUAUUUUCUGUAUUUAUCAAUUGCUUCCCCAAUGAUUUCUCUUUUGUGCAAGGGGGUUUUGAAUAUCCAUGAUGAGACGGGGUCCACGACAUUGAUCGAAUAUUGUUAUUUAUGCCUCUUUAAGUUCCUUAUUUGUCUUUUUCUCUUUUGCAUCUUUGCCUGACAGUAUGAACAUACAAGAUUCAUCCAAGUUAGUUGAAUUGACCCGACUAUUUCGUUUGGGUCUUGCUGUCUUCGAUCCGGUGCAUAUACGAUGUGAUAUUUACACCCUACGCGGUUUGCACGCUGCUGGGGUACAAUUAAUUGUUUUAUAUGGCUUGUUAGAGAUAGAUGAGGCAUAAUCCUUUCAUCAGGCGGUCUAUUGGAAUAUAUAAACGCUUUUGU